UGUUCAACAUCCAACUCUGCAUCAUCAUCAAUGGAGCCAAAAGUAAUCAAAAUCUCCCACAUCAACCCCGCAACUGAUCCGUCCCGCGACGACCCGCUCAUCCUCCCACUCACCUUUCUAGACUUGCGUUGGGUAAGAUCAUACCCUUCACAGCAAGUCAUCUUCUACAAACUCCCCGAGGCAUCAUCACGCGAGUUUUUCCACUCCGUGCUUCUCCCUAAGCUCGAGCGCUCUCUCUCUCUCGCGCUCCGCCAUUACACCCCCUUGGCCGGUCACCUCACGUGGAAUCAACAAGACCCUAAGCCCCGAGUCGUUGUCUACGGCCACGACACCGUCAAGCUAACAGUAGCUGAGUCCAGCGCUGAUUUUCUCCUUGUCUCCGGCAAGGGACUACGUCCUCAGUCAGAGUUACGUGUCUUGGUGCCUAAGUUAUCUAUUACGUGCGACUCUGCAUCUCUAUACGCUUUGCAGAUCACGUUGUUCCCAAACCAAGGGUUUUGCAUCGGCCUAGCAGAGCAUCAUGUCUUGAAGGACGGCACUGGAUCCAUAAUGUUCGUCAAAGCAUGGGCUCACAUUUGUAAAUCAUUGGAAGACGGAGCAUCAAUGACUUUGCCUAGUCUUCCAAAGGAGUUUACUCCAGUAAUAGAUCGCACCCUCAUCAAUGUCCGGUCCAGUUUUGAAUCCAAGAUUUUGGAAUCAAUGUCGUACUUCUCAGAUGAAAAAGAUGGGAUGAGAACCAUGAAGCCGCCUCCGGUGGGAGAGAUUUGUAACGAUCUUGUCCGGAUCACACUCGAGAUGACUCAGGAGAAAGUCGAGAGACUCAAAGAGCAAGCCAUGCGAGAGUCUUUGCAUGAGCUUUAUUUAUCAACGUUUGUUAUAGUAAACGCAUAUGUCUGGAGCUGUCUGGUGAAGGCGCGUGGAGUCAACGAAGAGAGACCAUUGCGUUUCAUGUAUGCGGCUGAUUGUAGGGACCGGUUAGAUGUUCCUAAGAGGUACUUGGGGAACUGUGUGGUCCUUAUAAAUUGCAUUGGUUACAAAGCAAAUAAAUUAAUGGGAAGAGAUGGUUUUGUCAACGCUGUUGAGAUUCUUAGCGACUCGGUCAAAGGUUUGGGUUCACAAGGGACUGAGGAACUUUUGGAGUCUUACAUUGAUGGAAUGAAGCUGGUGCAACCGGAUACUCAUGUUGAGUCCGUCUCUGGGUCGAACCGGCUUGGGUUUUACAGGGCGGAUUUCGGGUGGGGAAAACCGGUUAACCAUGAGAUUGUCUCCAUUGACCAGUAUCCAGCGUAUUCGAUGUGGGAGAGGAGGGAUGAGACCGGUGGCGCUGAGAUCGGUUUGUGUUUGAAGAAAAGUGAGAUGAACACUUUUGUUUCUUUGUUUAAGCUUGGUCUGGAGAUAAUUGAUCAAUCACAACGUGUGUAAUGGGAAAGUUAUCUUCCAUGCCAAUGCCCUUCAAUUAGUUUCUUUUGAAGCCGAUAGUUGGAGGAAUGACAUGGUUUGGAAAUUAUUUUUUUUUUUUUUUUUUUUUUUUGAAAAAAGGUUUGGAAAUUAUUGUACCACGUCUUUUUGUAACGCCGUGCAUUUUCCGAUUCCAAGAGCACUUUGAAAUAAAAUAUUGUUAGGUACUCCAUGAAUGCAAUAUAUACGGCUU